AUGGAGUCUUGGAAGGAGGGCACUAAUUGUUGCUCAUGGGAUGGGGUUACCUGUGACAGUGUGAGGGGGGACGUGAUUGGUCUUGACCUCAGUUGUAGCCGGCUUUACGGCACCAUCCCUUCCAACGCUAGCCUCUUUCUUCUCCCUCACCUGCUUUACGACUUUUAUUAUUCCCAAAUUUCAUCUGGGUUUGGUCGUUUUGCUAAGUUGAGAUAUCUUAACCUUUCCGGAUCCUGGUUUUAUGGUGAAGUCCCACUUGAAUUAUCCCACCUCUCCCAAUUGUCCUCACUAGAUCUUAGUCUCGAUACAUCUGUUGUGAAGAGGCUUGUUCAAAAUCUGACCAAGCUAAGGGAACUUCAUCUUGAUAGGGUUAACAUGUCCUCUGUUUCUCUUACUUCUUUCAGGAAUUUGUCUUCUUCUUUGGCAUCCCUUACACUCGAACAUUGUGAUUUGCAUGGAAGUCUGCCAGAUCUUGACAUUUUCGGCUUACAAAACUUACGCGAACUCAAUUUAGGAAAUAAUAGUUUGAGUGGUGAGAUACCAUCAUCAUUUUCAAACCUCAAGGCACUCUCUUACUUGGAUCUAAGUGGGAACAAUCUCAAUGGACCAAUACCUACGUUGUUUGGGAACCUCACCAAAGUUACUAAAAUUUUCCUAAACAAUAACAACUUCACUGGCCAAAUUCCAUCAUCACUUUCAAAUCUAAAGGAUCUCAAUGUUAUUGACCUCAGCAACAACAAAUUUGAAGGAUCAAUACCAGUGUCUCUUGGGAACCUCACAAAAGUUACUGAUUUUAUGCUCCAAUAUAACAACUUCACCGGCCGUAUUCCUUCAUCACUUUCACAUCUAAAGGUUCUCAAUCUUAUUGACCUCAGUUACAACAAAUUUGAAGGAUCAAUACCAGUAUCAUUUGGGAACCUCACAAAAGUUACUGAUAUUAUGCUCCAAUAUAACAACUUUAGCGGCCAAAUUCCAUCAUCACUUUCAAAUCUGAAGUAUCUGAACGUUAUUGACCUUAGUUACAACAAAUUUGAAGGAUCAAUACCAGUGUCUCUUGGGAAGCUCACAAAAGUUACUGAAAUUAUGCUUCAAUAUAACAAUUUCACUGGCCACAUUCCAUCAUCAUUGUCAAACCUAAAGGAUCUCACUUUUAUUAACUUCAGUCACAACAACUUUGGAGGUUUUUGUGGUAAAAUUCCUUUUUUGAGCAACCUCACAAAACUCUCCACAGUUGACUUGUCUUACAACCAACUCACUAGUCAAAUGUGUGAAUUCCAACCUAACAAUUCACUACAAUAUCUUAGAUUGGAAAAUAACAGGCUUUAUGGCUCUCUUCCAAGUUCAAUCUCUAAUCUUGUGAAUCUUAUAGAGCUUAAUAUUGCAUCGAAUGACUUGAGUGGCAUUGUGGAAUUUGAUGAGUCCACAAAUCUCGAAGAACUUGAAACCCUUGACGUUUCAAACAAUAGUCGGUUUUUAGGCAUCAAAAGCAACUCGAACCAUACCUUCCCCUAUCUUCGGACAUUAAGCUUGUCUUCUUGCAACAUAACUGAAUUCCCAAAAUUUUUAAAAUCGUCAAAAUAUUUACGACACUUGGACCUAUCUUAUAAUGGAAUCCCCAAUCAAAUCCCAAAAUGGAUGUUUGAAGUUGCGGAGAAUCUACAGUUUCUUGAUCUUCAUGCCAAUCUAUUGCAAGGAAAUCUUCCUAUUCCACCUUCUACUAUGAUCGCCAUUUUUAUGUCGAACAAUAGAUUGACUGGGGAGAUCCCGUCUAUGAUUUGCAAUGCAAGUAACCUUGAAAUCUUGGAUAUCUCUAACAACAAUUUGAGUGGUAAGAUUCCACAAUGUUUGGGAAACUUUGGUCAUAGACUUUCAGUAAUGGAUUUGCGAAUGAACAAUUUCCAUGGCACUAUUCCUGAUACAUUUGAAAAGGAUAAUAGUCUAGCAACUAUUGCCUUUAAUCGAAAUCAUUUAGAUGGGAAAUUACCAAAAUCGUUUGUCAAUUGUACAAAUUUGGAAGUUCUUGACCUCGGAAAUAAUAAGAUUAAUGAUUCAUUCCCCUAUUGGUUGGAAGCCCUUUCGGAGUUACGGGUACUUGUCUUAAGUAAUAAUAGGUUUCAUGGUCCCAUAAGAAAUCAUAAAAAUAAGGGGGUGUUUUUCUCUAAACUACAAAUUCUUGAUCUCUCUCACAAUGAGUUUACUGGUCUUUUACCAAGAAUUUAUUUUGAAAAUUUGGAAGCCAUGAUGAUUAGUAAUGAAAAUGCACAAAAACCACAAUAUUUGGCACAGGAUUAUGGAAUUUAUGGUAAUAGAGAAUCUUCUGGACCUUCUCAUCCAGCUGUGAGAGUUGUGGUAAAUCGUGAAGUGCCUAUAGGUUCUUAUCAAAAUUCAAUAGAGGUGACUGUGAAAGGGUCGAAUAUAUACCUCCUGAGAAUCCUAACCAUCUUCACAAUGAUUGAUUUAUCAAGCAACCAAUUCCAAGGAGAGAUCCUAGGUGCACUUGGAAGGCUUAAAUUUCUCCGAUUGCUCAACCUUUCCCAUAACAGCCUAACCGGCCAUAUCCCAUCAACGUUGGGAAAUUUAUCAGCACUUGAAGCAUUGGAUUUCUCUUCAAAUAAACUCACUGGUGAAAUUCCUAUGCAAUUGACACUUCUAACAUUUUUGGCCAUGUUAAACCUUUCACAAAACCACCUUAUUGGACCAAUACCUCAAGGCAAACAAUUCAAUACAUUUGGUAACGAAUCAUAUGAUGGGAACUUCAGAUUGUGUGGAUUUCCAUUGUCAAUUAAAUGUAGCACUAAUGAGCCACCACCAACAAUAUUCCUAGAAGACAAUGAUUCAAUGUUUGCAGAAGGAUUUGGUUGGAAGGCCGUGUUGAUUGGCUAUGGAUGUGGAUUUGUGUUUGGAUUAGUUGUGGGAUAUGUUGUGUUUAAAACAAGAAAACCCCAAUGGAUUGUAAAGUUGAUUGAAGGAGAACGAGAGGGAAGGGUGACAAGGUGCAUCAACCAAAGACCCAAGCAAAGAAGAAGUUAAUGCCAUGUGGAUUAAUACUGUGCUAUGGAUUAAUGUGUGCUCUUAGGUACUAUUGGAAGUGAUGAGGACCCUAUUAUCUACUAUGAGUUGAAGAAGAUUACGAUCUUUGACUUACAACUGUUCAUCAGAAUGUUGGGUAUUAAGGAGUGGAUCAUGUUUAUAUGAAUUGUGGUGUUGUUUUCCUAUUCAUCUAAUAAUCAUGUUCAGAUUU